AUAUAACCAUAAGGCAACAUCUUCUUCCACAGGAUGAUACUGUUUUCUAUUCUCAGCAGUUGACGGCUCUCGUUAAUUUUGGCAAAACUGUUAGAUUAGUUCUUAAAUCAAGAAACUAAAUAAAGGAAACGCUAGAAGAUUCAUAACGCACAAUCUGCUAAAACAUAUAUACAUAUACAUAUAUAUACAUACAAUCACGCACCUAUAUAUCCCUAUAUAAACACCCCUCAACCCUCCAUCUCUCUAGGGCGAAGUUUGCAAAUCGAGAAUGGGAGGAAUGGCUUUCAGAUGGAUGAUUCUGGUAAUAGUUGCUGCCUCUGUCAUUGAGCUGAACGAUGCGACCGAAGAUCCGUUUUCGACUCAAAACACGGUGGUGGUCAAGAACCUGCUGAGUAUCAACAAGAACCUCAAAGUCCACUGCAGGUCCAAGGACAACGACUUGGGCGUCCGUAUACUGACGAGCCUUCACAACGCUUACGUGUUCCAUUUCGACGACAACAUGUUCGGGACGACCUUGUUCUGGUGCAACGUGUGGCAUGGCCGUAAUUUCGAGCACCACCAGGUGUUCGAAGCUUAUAAAGCCAAGUGGUAUACCAGAUUCAGUCAAUUGUACGCGUGGGAGGCGAGAGACAACGGUAUCUACUUUGGUCAUAAUGAGCAAGUUCCUGUUUUCAAGUACGCUUGGGAUGUUCCACACAAGUGAUUUGGAGAGAAAAUCUCUCUCUCUCUCUCUCUCUCUCUCUCUCUCUCUCUCUAGAUCUCUCUCUCUAGAUCUCUCUCUCGUUUGGGUAUGAGUUGUUUUGGUUGGUGAUGAAAUUACCAUGCGAUGUAUGCUCGAGAAGAAUCAUUAUCAUGUAUUCGAAUGCUUUAUAUAUGGAUUAAUGUGAGCCUAAUUAUCUUCAUA